AUGGCGGAAGCUACUGAAACCGACUUCUUGAAACAACAAAAAGGCAGACGACGCAUCAAAAACUUCUUGGCUGCGAUCAAUUAUCAUGAUGAUGAUCUUCAAACAACCAUCAAGAUCAUGCGCAUGAAACUCCUUGAGAUUCAACAAAGGGAUUCAUCUGCUGUGAUCAACAAACCUCAAACAGUUCGGAAGAUUAUUUUCAAGUUCAGUGGAUCAAAAACAGUUCUCCAUAAACACGAUGACAUCGAAAAAGAUUCAAGAAACAUGUCACAUUCCGAAACCAAGCGACAGAAGAUCAACAAUGGUGGCAUGCAGUUUGUGAUGGAUUUCAUAAAAAGUGUGGGUGGGUCGGAGGCUCAGUUUGUGAUCGAGAAGAGGCUCACGAUAUCAGAUGUGAACCCGAACCAGGGGCGGCUGCUGAUACCGGUGUUACAACUCAAGAAUAAGAAGGGUUUCUUGACGGCGGAUGAGGAAACAAUGAUGGGAAAUAAAGAAGACGUAAGUGUGUGGGUGUUUGAUCCGGAAAGGCGUAAAUCGAUGUUGAAUCUAGCAAAGUGGAAGAUGAGUAAAGAAUGCUAUGUGUUGAAAACCAACUGGAACCAGGUUGUCAAGGCAAAUGGGUUCAAGGAAGAGAUAGUGAUACGGGUUUUGUCCUUUAGAGUUGAUGACCAACUUUGUUUUGUGCUUGAUCGUGUCGCAUGA